AUGGAUGAACUCAACCUUAUGACCUCUGAGUUGGGCCAAUUUGCCAUGUCCUCUGCCAUCCUCAACGAUGUGAUCCUCUGGUUCCUCAUUGCAUUGCAUCUCAUAUUCACGAAUCCAGACGCAACCUAUCGCGUUGAGAGUUUUAUUUCCGUCUUUGGGUUGAUAUUAUUCACUAUCUACGUCAUACGCCCAAUUAUGCUGUCGAUUGUCAAGAACAUCCCCCAAGGACAAGAAGCCAAGGAAGUUCAUGUAGUUGCAAUACAACUUGGGGUUCUAGUCAUGGCUUUUAUCUCCGAUGCCUUAGGCACAGCGCCGUACACUGGUGUUGUACUUCUGGGGCUAGCCAUACCCGGUGGACCACCUCUUGGUGCAGCAGUUGUCCACAAGACCGAAUAUUUGGUCUCCCAACUUCUUAUGCCAAUGUUCUUUUUCUACGUUGGAUACAGAAUAAAUUUGUAUUCGAUUCACGAUUGGAUGAGAUUUUCCAUACUUCAGACGAUCAUUAUCAUGUCGUACGUUUCAAAGAUUGUGGCAGUUGUAGCGGCUGCAAUGUGGUGCAAAAUCGGGUUUAAAAAUGGUCUAAGGCUCAGCAUGGCCAUGAGCGUCAAGGGUAUAAUAGAGAUUAUCUCUUAUUCUCGAUGGAGGACCGUAAAGCUCAUAGAUGAACAAGCUUUUACUCAAAUAGUGUUGUCUAUGCUGGGGAUGACCAUGAUUGCAACACCAUUGCUACGAUUCUCAUACAGCCCUAAAAUCCGACUCGGAGCAUCAACCAAACGUCCCCGCUUCAGAAGCAUCCAAUCAAUGCCAAGCAACUUCGAAACAUUUCGCAUUCUUUGUUGCUUUCACAACCAAGAAAGCAUCCGCAACCUUAUUACCCUCCUGGAAGCCUCAUACCCGACGCAAGCAAGCCCCAUCUGCGCCUACGUGGUCCAUGCAGUGGAGCUGAUGGGGCGUGCGGCGCCACUACUAGUCCCUCACAAUAAAUUAAAGCGCAAAAAUACACCGACCCAUCAAAUGAUUCAAGCCUUUGAGAAUUACUCAGACAACUCCGAAGGACCGGUCACGAUCCACGCUUACGAUAUGAUCGCUCCUUACAAAAGCAUGCACGACACAAUAAUCCGUCUUGCAGAAGACAAGGUCGUUCCUCUGAUUAUCUUACCAUUCCAUGAUCACCAGGGUAUGGUUGACCUCACUUUGAUUGCCUCCAUACGCCAAUUCAACAUCAAUGUGCAAACAAAUUCCCCAUGUACAGUGGGAAUACUUGUUGAUAGAGAAUUGUCUAGUCGGCUGAGAUUGACAAGCUCUUCCUCCAAUGUAGCGGGGAUUUUCAUUGGUGGAGCAGAUGACCGUGAGGUGUUGGCAUACGCAGCAAGAAUAUCUGGCAAUCCGACCGUGGGUAUGACGGUGUUCAGGAUAAUCUUGCGGGGUAAACUAGGAGGAGGUAACCAAGAGGAGGAAAUAGAGGCCAAGCUCGACCAGUCUUUGGUCGACGAGUUUAAGCUGGGGAACAUCGGGAAUGAUUGUGUGAAUUGGUAUGAUAUCGAGGUGGAUGACGGUGCACAAGUUAUGAAUGCCAUUAAGAAGUUGCAGGGCGAUUAUGAUCUUGUCAUGGUAGGGCGACGGCACGUGGAGAUGUCGCUGAGGGAUGAAGAAAUGGCGGUAUUCAUGGAGCAUCCAGAGCUGGGAGUGAUUGGUGACAUGCUGUCUUCUUUAGAUUUCUGUGAUGGGAUGGUGAAUGUGUUGGUCAUGCAAGAAAGCGGAGGCUUAGGCUGUGGAGCUUUUCGUAGUGACUCUGCAAGGGUUUCAUAG